AUGGUCGGUCAAAUCACCUAUACUGAGGAAGAAAUUAUCUUCAUUCUCCAUCACAGCCUCGUCAAGGACAAGGAUCAUAAGGACACCUUGCGCGAGUACGAACAGCGAUUCAGCAAGACUCUCACCAUGGCUCAAUUGAAAUACGUCAGAGCCAAAUAUGGCCAUGAUCCUGAAUUCGGCACGGCAAUGAUCAAUGGACAGGUCCCGGACAAUGGCGGUAAUAGAAAGACUGCGGUUCCAUCUCCAUGGCAGGAAGCAAUGGUUGCACCCAUCCAGUGCGAAAACGAUCAAAACGAUCAAUCCUUCACAUCUUCUACGAAUGAGGAUGAUUCAGUCUCUGAGGAUCACAUGCUGCAGGUCCUGGCAAGCUAUGUAUACAAUUCUCCCUCAGAGGCUCCCGGGAAGCUGGCUUUGUCCUCCGACGAGGUACAGCAGGAUGAGCAGGCGCGCAUCGACGCAGAGGAGUAUGCUGCUGCACACGAAAAGAUUCUGCAGAUGUUCGAGGAGGAUCCCGACCGCCCGUAUGGUGUACAGCCUGUUCAGCAGCACUACGAGCAAAUGCUCUUCCCUUCUACAGUGCAGAAGCGAAAGCGGGAUGAGCUUGAGGAAGCGGGUGAUGGACCGAUCACAGCCCCGGAUUCAGGCUUAUCUCCUCCAGUGCUUGAAGGACCUCAAGAGAGCAUCCCGAAGCGUUUGAAGACCCAGCCGCAGGAGACAUACUCCCAGGAGCUCCCUGCUCAGUAUUUAUCCCCGAUGCCAAACAACAACGCACCCCAGACGACCGGACACGAUGAUGAAGCGUUGAACCUACUCAAUGUCAAUCUUCCCGAAGUCCCUGUAACCCCCGAGAAUCUGAGAAUGAGCACAGAUCAUGUGCAUGCAGACCCCAGUUUGUCACCCCUGACAAAGCUUCUCAAUAGCAUCGACAAUGAGUAUCCUCAAGGACCAACAACUGACAGCUCGUUUUUCGCACAGCUCGAUCGCCCGAUGGACCCAUCUGGCUAUAGCACCGUCAACUUCGAGAAUACUAUGUUCCAAGAACCAUAUCCAUCAGCUGCUCCCACUUGGACAGGGGCAGACCCAACGAUGUGCUCUGCGAGCCCCAGCCUCAACUUCUCCCAGUCCACGCAAUUUGCGCCAUGGGAAGCACCCUACAACGAGGAAGAGAGCAACUUCUGGGGUACCCAAUCAGGCACCUGGCAGGGCGUGACUGGUUAUGAUACCGCACCGGGAUUCAACUUAGAUCUGCUCGUUCCACAGUAUACCCAAACUUCUGCACCUUAUGCAUAUGCUGAGUUGAUGGCCAGCGGCAGCGGAACACACCAAGAUUCCGGAGCCUUAAUUUCUGCGCAGCAACAAAUCGAAGGCCAGAACGUCGCUAGCUUCUCUGGCGGCAUCAGCGUCGACUGGAACAACGUGAGCAAUGCCGAGUGGGAAGAACUGUUCAUGUACAGUGCAGAGCCACAGGGCCAUGCCGACUAUUCUCAGCAGUUCUUUGGUCCUCUCGAGUAG